CCUAAUUGCGCACGUGUGUUCGGCUGCGGGCGCGGAGCCGCGGUGCGGAGGCGCCGCUGGGGCGUCUUUCUGGCAGCAUGUCGUACCUACAGAUGAAACUUCUGCGCAAGAAGAUCGAGAAGAGGAAUCGCAAGUUGCGACAGCGAAACAUAAAGCUGCAGGAAAAGCUGCAAGGGGCAUCAGAUGAGAGCCUGUCAGAAACUCAAAAUGAAAAUGUGCCUGAAGAAACAUUGAAAGUUGGAAAGAUUAAGAAAGUUAAACGUUCUGUAAAUGUGAGUUUGUCAGAAGUACAAAAUGGAGAUAUCUCAGAAGACACUGUGGAAAAUGUAACACUUCAACCAAAAGAAUCUAACACUUCAACCAAAGGAGAAGUCGAAGCAGCACAGUCUCCUAAUACAGAAUCAAAAAAGAAAAAAAGGAAAAUGAUGAAUGAUGCUGAGCCUGGUGCCUUUGAGGAUACUUCAUUCGAUUCUCUAACUUAUCUUGUCAACGAAAAUACCCUGAAGGCAAUAAAAGAAAUGGGCUUUGUACGCAUGACUGAGAUUCAACACAAAAGUAUUAAACCACUCCUAGAGGGCAGGGAUCUUUUAGCAGCUGCAAAAACAGGAAGUGGCAAAACCCUAGCAUUUCUCAUUCCUGCUAUUGAGCUCAUUGUUAAGUUAAAGUUCAUGCCCAGGAAUGGAACAGGAGUCCUCAUUCUCUCACCCACUCGAGAACUGGCCAUGCAGACUUUUGGAGUUCUUAAGGAGCUAAUGACGCACCACGUUCAUACAUAUGGGUUGAUCAUGGGUGGUAGUAACAGAUCCGCUGAAGCACAGAAACUCUGUAAUGGGAUCAACAUCAUUGUGGCCACACCAGGCCGUCUUCUAGACCAUAUGCAGAAUACUCCAGGAUUUAUGUAUAAAAAUCUACAGUGUCUAGUUAUUGAUGAGGCUGAUCGUAUCUUAGAUGUUGGAUUUGAAGAAGAAUUGAAGCAGAUAAUUAAACUUUUGCCAGUACGCAGACAAACCAUGCUCUUUUCUGCUACACAAACUCGAAAAGUUGAAGAUUUGGCAAGGAUUUCACUGAAAAAGGAACCAUUGUAUGUUGGUGUUGAUGAUGAUAAAGCCAAUGCUACAGUGGAUGGUCUUGAGCAGGGCUAUGUUGUUUGUCCCUCUGAAAAGAGAUUCCUUCUGCUCUUUACAUUCCUUAAGAAGAAUCGAAAGAAGAAAGUGAUGGUUUUCUUUUCAUCUUGUAAAUCUGUGAAAUACCACUAUGAGCUGCUGAACUACAUUGAUUUGCCAGUUUUGGCCAUUCAUGGAAGGCAGAAACAAAACAAGCGUACAACCACAUUCUUCCAAUUCUGUAAUGCAGACUCAGGGAUAUUGUUGUGUACAGAUGUGGCAGCAAGAGGUUUAGACAUUCCUGAAGUCGAUUGGAUUGUUCAGUAUGACCCUCCAGAUGAUCCUAAGGAAUACAUUCAUCGUGUAGGUAGAACAGCCAGAGGCCUGAAUGGGAGAGGGCAUGCCUUACUUAUUUUGCGCCCAGAAGAAUUGGGUUUCCUUCGUUACUUGAGGCAAUCCAAGGUUCCACUAAAUGAAUUUGACUUUUCUUGGUCGAAAAUUUCUGACAUUCAGUCUCAGCUUGAAAAACUCAUUGAAAAGAACUAUUUUCUUCAUAAGUCCGCCCAGGAAGCAUACAAGUCAUACAUACGAGCAUAUGACUCCCAUUCUCUGAAGCAGAUCUUCAACGUUAAUAACUUAAAUUUGCCUCAGGUUGCUCUGUCAUUUGGUUUCAAGGUGCCACCUUUUGUUGAUCUGAACGUGAACAGCAAUGAAGGCAAGCUUAAGAAGAGAGGAGGUGGCGGAGGAUUUGGCUACCAGAAAACCAAGAAAGUAGAGAAGUCCAAAAUCUUCAAGCACAUUAGCAGGAAGUCUUCAGAUAAGAGGCAGUUCUCUCACUAAUGGCCCCGAAAUGGUUCUGUUUUCCUACAGGAUUUUUAUACUGUUUAGAAUGUUCUUGGUCUUUACUUUGAUGCUAUGAUGUUUUAAUUUUAAAUACUCCCUAUGCGUGCACACACACAAAUCAUGUCAUUUUGAUAUAACUAUUUUUGUAACUUGUUAUGUGAGGAAUUUCUGGCAUGGGUAGCUAUGCUGCUAAUUUCCAAAAAAAAAAAAAAAAAGACUCAUAAUCCCAUCUACUUGGGGAUGCAGAUAGAGAUCAGAAAGAUCACUGUUUGAAGCCAGCCUGGACAAAAGAGUGAAGGGCUCCAUAUCAGAUCACCAGGAGUGAUGGUACAUACUAUGGCUAAGAAGAUCAGAGGCUGAAGCUCGCCCCAGACAAAACACCUGAAAACUAACCCAACCAAGUAAAGGUGUAUAGGAUGUGGCUUGAAUGCUAAAGUACCUGCAUAGCAAACAAACCCUGUGUUCAACCCUGUGGGUAUAGCCAAAAAAAGAAGACAGGACAGCUGGUGAGAGUUUGUUUCUUGGACAGUCUGAAUACACAGACCUGCACUCUAGUAUAAAAGAGUAGAGACUUCAAGGAAAUACCUAAGAUGUCCCUUGAGAUUAUGGCCUCCCUAUUAUAUUCCUAAUUUAAAAACACUGAAAUGAACAUGAUAAAUUACACAGGACUAUAGGCAUUCACACACAGUAGGACCAAAGAGUACUCUUAGCAAAGGAAUAAAAAGGUAUAAUGCCUAUUUGCCUCUGAUUUCCUAAAAUAUCUAAAUGAACUGCAAAAAAGACGAAAUGAGCCUUUUUUAGUUUUUACUUUAAAAAGAAAAGAAAAUUCAACGUAUGUGCCAUUAGUACAUGAAUAAAGUCCCUCUGAUAAUAUUGAAGAAACAAUUGAGAUUGUUGUGCUUCAAUAUCAAGUUGUAGAAGUAUAAUACUUGUUCUCCAUUUGAUAACUUAAAAGAUCUUUUUAAAUACACACACACA